AUGGAACUACAAGAGAUACCACCGGAACCAAUUCACGAUUUCAAGCCAUUUGAAGAGGAUGAACUACCUAAAGGUGUUCCAUAUAUUUUGUCAAGUAGAUUCAUAAGAAAAGCUCUGCGGAAAGUUCAAAAGCAUUCUAUUUGGCCCCUGACUGUCUACUUUCCACUGCAUGCCGUUAAUACCCUUAUCGUUCCAACGAUAUCGCCAGAGGGAGCACCUGAUGAUGUUCUCAUGAUGGUUCGAGAACUACUACCCUCAUAUACAAACAGUAUAUUAGCAAGUGCAAUUGGGCUACACGUCGGAUGCGGUUUAAUAAUACGCAUCUGGGAUUUGGUGAACAAAUGGAACGUACCGAAAAGGCGUAAAAUGAAGGUGACUGAUGAUAAGCAGCGCCAGUCUCAAAGAUCAAUUGGGCUUAUUGGAGGGUUUUCAGGUUAUUUUAUUGGGAUUAAUCGAAAUUUUUCGUACUCUCCACAGGUCUUAUCAGGCUAUAUACUAACACCGAUAAUAUUGUAUCAUAUGACUCUAAUGAAGUGGAUGCCUAAAAAAGUUGGUGUUGAUGUCGAUUUCACAUUUGUCAAAUGGAUUCUACAGAACAACAAAUGGAGUGUAAAGUGGGUUGGUGGGAUCGUCCCAUUGUCGGCCCUGAUUGCAUUCAGUACCUAUCAUAUAAUUGCUGGCCUAUGCCAGUAUGCCAAGGUGAAAAAGCUUGAAACAAGGAAAAAGAUUUCAACACUAAUAUUUGCCAUGACAAUGAGUGGAUUACUUGGCAUUUGGCGAUUGGCAAGAAGCUCUCCAGUUGUUGGGAUAGAUGGUUACAAACUAGUGGUAACGAGAAUGUUUUUAAGGUAA